GUUCCGCCACUGGGCGGGGGAGGGGGCACUACCUGCCACCCCAUCCCCCAUUCCAGCCGGGGGCUCAGGUCUCCAACAACAGAACCAGAGCCACUCAGCAACACUGGAACCCAUUCGGGGGGGCCUGGGGCCCCUCGUCCCAAGCCAGGAGGGCUUUGGGGGAGGGGUGCAGGCCCUGGAAGACUCCCUGUGUGGCCCAGGGGUCUGGGGGUUGCCAGGGAGGCAGGGGUGAACCUCGCAGGGCAAGGCACGAGAGCGGUUCUCUUUCCCCCACGGUGGGGACCCUCGGGGCCGGCGGCAGGGCCGGAGGCCUCGCAGACAGAGCCCGUGGGGCGGGGGCGGCGGAGGCGGCCGGGCAGUGUCUGUUGGCAGGGGCGCCAUGGCCACCAUCCAGUCGGAGACCGACUGCUACGACAUCAUCGAGGUGCUAGGCAAGGGCACCUUCGGGGAGGUGGCCAAGGGCUGGCGGCGAAGCACGGGAGAGAUGGUGGCCAUCAAGAUCCUGAAGAACGACGCCUACCGCAACCGCAUCAUCAAGAACGAGCUGAAGCUGCUGCGGUGCAUGAGGGGCUUGGACCCGGAGGAGGCCCACGUCAUCCGCUUCCUCGAGUUCUUCCACGAUGCCCUCAAGUUCUACCUGGUCUUCGAGCUGCUGGAGCAAAACCUCUUCGAAUUCCAGAAGGAGAACAACUUCGCGCCCCUCCCCGCCCGCCACAUCCGCACGGUCACCCUGCAGGUGCUCAGAGCCCUGGCCCGGCUCAAGGAGCUGGCCAUCAUCCACGCCGACCUCAAGCCCGAGAACAUCAUGCUGGUGGACCAGACCCGCUGCCCCUUCAGGGUCAAGGUGAUCGACUUUGGCUCGGCCAGCAUAUUCAGCGAGGUGCGCUACGUGAAGGAGCCGUACAUCCAAUCUCGCUUCUACCGGGCCCCAGAGAUCCUGCUGGGGCUGCCCUUCUGCGAGAAGGUGGACGUGUGGUCCCUGGGCUGCGUCAUGGCCGAGCUGCACCUGGGCUGGCCCCUCUACCCGGGGAACAACGAGUACGACCAGGUGCGCUACAUCUGCGAGACGCAGGGCCUGCCCAAGCCUCACCUGCUGCACGCCGCCCGCAAGGCCCACCACUUCUUCAAGCGCAACCCCCACCCCGACGCCACCAACCCCUGGCAGCUUAAGUCCUCGGCUGACUACCUGGCUGAGACCAAGGUGCGCCCACUGGAGCGCCGUAAGUACAUGCUCAAGUCACUGGACCAAAUUGAGACAGUGAACGGAGGUGGGGCGGCCAGUCGGCUGACCUUCCCAGACCGCGAGGCGCUAGCCGAGCUCGCCGACCUCAAGAGCAUGGUGGAGCUGAUCAAGCGCAUGCUGACAUGGGAAUCGCACGAACGCAUCAGCCCCAGCGCGGCCCUGCGCCACCCCUUCGUGUCCAUGCAGCAGCUGCGCAGCGCCCACGAGACCACCCGCUACUACCAGCUCUCCCUGCGUGGCUGCCGCCUCUCUCUGCAGGUGGAGGGCAAGCCACCCACAUCUGUUGUGGCUGCUGUGGAAGAUGGGCCCCCCUACUACUGCCUGGCGGAGGAGGAAGAGGCUGUGGGCCUGGGCAGUGCAGGGGGUAGCGGGCCCUUCUUCCGCGAGGAGAAGGCACCGGGCAUGCAGAGGGCCAUCGAUCAGCUGGAUGACCUGAGUUUGCAGGAGGCAGGGCGUGGGCUGUGGGGUGAGACGCGCGCCGAAGUGGUCCCCGACAUGCUGGCCCCGCUCAAGGCAGCCGCUGCAGUGGGCCGCCGGGUGCCCGACUCUGGCCCGGAGCCCAUCCUGGCCUUCUAUGGCAGCCGUCUGGCGGGUCGCCACAAGGCCCGCAAGCCACCUGCAGGCUCCAAGUCUGACUCCAACUUCAGCAACCUGAUCCGGCUGAGCCAGGCCUCGCCCGAGGAUGAUGCGCCCUGCCGGGGCAGCGGCUGGGCUGAAGGGGAGCGCCGAGGGGCCUCUGCCGAGCCUCCCGCCAUCCCGCAGCGGGAGGGGGAUGGGCCGGACAUCAAGGACUUGACCAUGGACGCUGAGAGGCCAGGCCCUGAGCUCUUCGACCCCAGCAGCUGUCCUGGGGAAUGGCUAAGUGAGCCAGACUGGACCCUGGAUGGCAUCCGGGGGCCACGGGCUCAGGGGCUCCCACCACGCCACACCCACCCUCAUGGUCCACCCAGGGCCACCAGUUUUCUGCAGCACGUCGGUGGGCACCACUGAUGGUGACCCCAACCCCUGCCCAUCCCUGGGGGCUGCUGGAGUGGGGCUGGCAUCCCCCACUCAGAGCCAUCCCCUGACCUGACAAAUUAUUCUUACAGAAAGAUAGUUAUCCAGAAAUUCCCCAUUUCCCCCACCCGUAGAGAAGGGCACACACACUCCCCGAACACAGGAGGGCUUUGGGGUCUAGCCCAUGUCCCCCUCGGCCAGAGGGAUGCAGGAAGGGGGCUGUACCCCACUGGCCCUGAGCACGCCCUUGGCCCUGCUGCCUCUGUUUAUUUCAAUAAAGAACUUUUCAGCA